AUGCGGAAACAGAGCAUUCUUAGGCCUCCCAAAUGUAUUCCUGGAGGCCUUCGAACGAUACUAUGUUUUGUUCUCUUUUCUAGUCUUUUUGUAUUGAUCGUCUACACUUCUCAUAUAUCGUACUCGGACUUCGUCUUCACUUCUUUUGGCACUGAAUCCAAUGACCGAAUUGUUUUUCCUCGUUACAUCAAAAAUCAGAUCUCUUAUAUGCAAUCCCAGUUUGGAAUUCUGUUAGAGCAGUUACAUACUGAGAGGUCUGAAUCAAAAAUUCUGGUGAAAUUUUCAGAUCAAGUACUUCAAAUCGCCGUGUCAUUGGACAGGCUUGCUGAAAGUCUCUCUCGUCAUUACAGCAAUGUCCCGGCUGAUGGAAAGGACAUAACUAAAGUGGAUGAAUAUUCGAGCACGACUGAGGAAGAUGAAGUCGAAGAAGAAUCGCUACAUGGCAAGGUCUUUAACUCUGCAGAGCUUCAAAACUACACUUCGCCUAAACCAAACAAGCCUCGUGGGAAAAAGAAUUUUCUUGGCUUGGAAUCAGUUUAUCCAUCUAUUGGACAAGGUUGUGCUCGACUGGCCUCUACCCUAGACCGUUUCAUGACUUACAAGGCAUAUGAUAUUUGCCCCGAUGAUUGGGACUUGGCUCAGAAGCUUAUGAUCAGUGGUUGUGAUCCAUUACCUAGAAGGAGGUGUUUUACAAGGACACCACUGCGAUAUGAUAAGCCAUGUCCAUUAAACGCCUCUCUCUGGACUCAACCUCGGGAUGUUGACAUUUCCUGGAGCCGUUAUAAAUGCAAGAACUACCGGUGUCUUGUAUCCAAUGGAACGAUAAACAACAGAGGGUUUUAUAAAUGCUCCGACUGCUUUGAUCUUACUAAACGAGGAUGGGAUGGUCAAAGGGACAAAGACAUUUCAGCAGAAUUCUCCAUCGAUGAAAUCCUGAUGUUAAAACCCGGGGAAAUUCGAAUUGGCCUGGAUUUUAGUCCCACAGCUGGUACUUUUGCUGCACUAAUGAAGGAAAAAAAUGUCACCAUUGCUUCUGCUACGAUGAAUUUAGGGGCCCCUUUUAGUGAAGUGAUUGCAUCAAGAGGCCUCUUGCCAUUAUACAUAUCAAUUGGCUCAAGAUUACCUUUCUUUGACAAUACCUUGGAUAUUGUUCAUUCUACUCUCUUCUUGGAUGGAUGGAUUGGGAUAGAACUUCUUCAGUUUGUUUUGCUCGACUGGGAUCGAGUUCUUCGACCCAAGGGACUUCUUUACGUUGAUCGUUUCUUUUGCAAGAAAGAAAACAUGAAAAUGUAUGUAGAUGAAUUUGACAGAAUCGGGUACAAAAGGCUAUUGUGGAAAGUUAUGCCGAAGAUGGAUAAAUUAGAUGACGAACUCUUUCUUUCUGCUGUCCUGGAAAAACCAGUUAGAGGUUAA